AAUGUCGAAAAAGGUCAUCAUCAAGAUCACCAAAUAGAUGUAUCUGUCGAUACGGUCGGUAUGUCGCCUGUAUGUCUUCAUCUAAUUCGUGGAGAUGGCGAUCGCCGAGACGCCACCGUGGUAGAAUCCUUCUUUUUCUCGUCGCCUGUAUCUUGAUUUCGCUAUACAAACUUCAAGAUUCUGCUCCAUCCAGCAUUAUCAACAUCGGCACCCCUGCAAUCGGAUCGGGUUCACAGCCACUCAAUCAGACGGCCCUGGAUAUUGCGCCCGCUUAUGUCUCAGCUAUCAUGGAACCAAGACUAUCCAAUCUCUUCUCUAUGCUAGAAUGUCCCGAACCCGACAAAGAUCGCUACACAUACCUCUACACAUCGUCAGAACACAAGUUUUUCUUCGCUCUCAACCUUCGUAACAGCAUCUCUAUCUUACCCAGACUGCUCAGUUCCAUCAUUGAAGCAGUCGAAUUUCUUGGGCCGCACAAAUGUGUUCUCUCCAUUGUCGAGGGCCACUCUCACGACGGUACUUACGAAAUCCUCCACGCUCUCCGGAAAUCCCUUUCUCAUCUCGGCCUCGAAUACCACCUCGUCCGUAGCUCCAUCGACUCACACACUGGCGACCGCAUCGCCCAGCUCGCUGCACUACGCAACCUCGCGCUCACUCCUCUAUUAGAGAGGCCCGGCACGCUUGAUAGCACCACCGUCCUCUUCCUUAACGACAUCGCCUUCUGCGCCGAAGACAUCCUCGAGCUCACCCACCAACUCAUCUACCAACACGCAAGCAUGACCUGCGGCAUGGACUGGACCUUCGUCGGACCCACGCCAACCUUCUACGACGUCUGGAUCGCACGUGACAUGCGCGGCGAGACCUUCUUCCAUAUCCCCCUUGACGGCAGCUGGGAGUACGCCAACGAGCUCUUCCCGGCCAAUGCACGGGCACGCGAGGAUCUGGAGUCUGGCACGCCGUUUCAGGUGUUUAGCUGCUGGAACGGCGGAGUCGCGAUUCGCGGAGAUGUGUUGCGGCGUGUGCGAUUUCGAGGCCCGUCGCCGGGAGAGUGUGUGCAGGGCGAGCCGACGUUGUUCGCGAAGGAUCUGUGGGCUGCGGGACUGGGAAGGAUUGCGGUGGUGCCGAGUGUGAAUGUGGAGUAUAGCGAUUACUGGGCGCGUAAGGUGAAGGGGUCCAAGGGGUUUGUGAGUCGAUGGUUGAUGGUUGACGAGGGAGAGAGGAUCGUGUGGGAUGACCAACCUCCGGAAAAGGUGAGGUGUUGUCCUGGGUAUGAAAAUCAGGUUAUGCUGCCGUGGAAUGAUGGGCUGGGUGAGAAUGGAGCCUUGCUGGGUUAAUGUACCUAUUUGUGUAAUAUAUAACUCGAUAGAUCCUGUAGACUGGCUGAUGGAAAGCCGAAAACUAGAUGCUCUGUGACCU